CAGACGUAACCGGAUAUGAGUUCGGAGGGCCACGCACCAUCAUCAUAAACACUUUCGGUUUAACAGUAAAUUUCAGAAAUGGAGUACUUUAAAAGCGGAUUAAAAUCUGUUUUGGGAACUCCACAAGAUUCCCAACAGCCAACAGCUGCUGAAACAGUGGAUAAGUUGGUAGAAAGAGUACAGACUUCAACUUUACUUGAUGAUCGAAGAGAUGCUUGCAGAGCUUUGAAAGCUCUUUCCACUAAAUUCCGCCUUGAAAUCGGAGCACAAGCAAUGGAUACCUUAAUCCAUGUAUUAGAAUGUGAUAGAAAUGAUAAUGAAAUUUUAGGUUAUGCACUCGAUGCCAUCGGCAAUGCUAUUAAUCGUCCCAGGGAUGACGAAAAUCCUAAUUAUAUUAAUGGUGGUACUGAUGAGCUUGGUAUGCAGUUUACUGAAAUAUUCAUUAAGAAACCUGAAAAUGUUUCGUUACUAUUGGAACUGAUUGAGGAAUUUGAUUUCAAAGUGCGUUGGCCUAUAGUUAGACUUUUGGCUGGUCUUUUAAGCCACAAACCAAAAGAUUUACAAGAAUGUAUAUUAGUGAGUCCACAAGGAAUUUCAAGACUUAUGGACUUGCUUUCAGAUCCCAGAGAAAUAAUAAGAAAUGACACAUUAAUUCUUCUGGAAUACCUGACCAAAAGUAAUGCUAACAUUCAAAAAAUUGUAGCUUUUGAAAAUGGAUUUGACAAGCUUCUCCGUAUUAUAUCAGAAGAAGGCUACAGUGAUGGAGGUGUUAUAGUUGGAGAUUGUUUACGGGUAAUGUUAACAUUACUUAAAAACAAUACUUCAAACCAAACUUUUUUCAAAGAAGGCACUUAUAUUAAGCACAUAGCUCCUUUUUUCGACCUUCAAGACCCAACAGAGCAGGGCAUGAAUCCACAGAAAGUAGAUAAUACCCUCAUGAUGCUACAAAUUGUUCGAACCUUGGUUUCACCAAAUAAUCCUCAACAAGUUACUGUGGCUGCUCAAAAAGCAAUGUUUCAAUGUGGUCUUUUGGAGCAACUCUGUUCUAUCUUAAUGGCAUCUGGAGUUCCAGCUGAUGUUUUAACAGAAACCAUCAAUACUGUGGCAGAAUUGAUACGUGGUAAUCAUGGCAAUCAAGAGUAUUUCUCAUCAGUGAAUGCCCCAACAACUCCACCCAAAUCUGCCAUUGUAGUGCUUCUUUUGUCAAUGGGAAAUGAUAAACAGCCUUUUGCUCUGCGUUGUUCUGUUUUAUACUGUUUUCAAUGCUUUUUGUAUAGAAAUGAAUUUGGCCAAGCUCAAAUUGUUCAAACAUUGUUGCCUUCUACUGCUGAUGUAAAUACAGUUACUGUUGGCCAAAUUCUGUGUGGUAGCUUAUUUAGUACUGAUGCAAUAUCUAAUUGGUUUGCUGCUGUUGCCUUGUCUCAUUCUCUUGUGGACAAUCCCACUCAGAAAGAACAGCUAUUACGAGUUCAGUUGGCAACUAGUAUGGGAAAUCCUGCAGUUUCUCUUAUGAAUCAAUGUGUUUUGAUGUUGCAACAAGGAGGUAAACUUCAGACCCGAUUAGGACUUCUUAUGCUAAUGAGUACUUGGUUAGCCAAUUGUACUGUAUCUGUCAUGCAGUUCCUAAGUAUUCCUACUAAUAUACCAUUUCUUACUUCCCAAGUUAAUCUUACUGAAGGAGAUGAACAUGAAGACUUGGUUCAAGGAAUAUGUGCUUUUCUUUUAGGCAUAUGCAUUGAAUUUAAUGAUAAUUCACAACCUAGUUUUACAAAAGAUGAUUUGUGCCAAUUAAUUAUAAAACGCAUUGGUCUUGAAACAUUUUUGGAUAAACUUGUUGCAAUAACUAAGAAUGAAAAUUACAGUAGAGCUGCUCAGAAUCCUCAUCUUAAAUUCAAACAACCUUCAGAAGUAUUAUUUGAUUAUGAAUUUUGUCGACUUUUCAAGUGCUUAGAAGGUGUUAUAAUUAAAGCUGUUCAACCAAAGCCAAAAUUGUUGAAUGGACCUGAGUCUUCUAUGUCUCCUGAACAGCAAGAACUUCUAAGACAGUACAAAGAUGUCAUUAGGGAUCAGGAUCAACAGCUGCAUGACCUGAAAAGUCAAAUGACUGAAUUGAAAUCUGAGUAUGAAGCUGUUAAAAAUAAUGCAGAAGAAAUGGCUAACUCUAUCCAACAACUGAAAGACCAAAAUGCCUUACUAAAAGCUCAAAGAUCUGUUUCAGGAAACAAUUCUAGUCAGGAGGUUUUGCUGUUAAAACAAGAAAUAGAACAACUAAAGAUGGAAUGUGUUAAAAAACAAGAACAGCUGGAUUCUAAAAAUGAUGACUUUUUCCUAAAAUCUACUGUUGAAUCUUCAGAAGUUGGAGAAGCUGGUGAUAAAGCACAAACUAACCAAUCAAGUUUAGAACUUGAAAGUAUUAUUAAACAACAUGAAAGUGAAAUUGCAUCUAAAAAUGUGGAAAUAGAACAUUUAAGAUCAGAAUUGACUCAACAGCAAGAAAAAAUUAAAGCUGCUCUAGAAACCGAAGAGUCAGUAAAGGUAAAUAUUUACAGUGUUUUUAAGUUACGUAAAUUUUACUUGAUGAGCUAUAUUUUAAUGAUUUAUAAAUGAUUUUGAAAUGGAAAA